AUGAGCAAGUUUGAGAUCUCGGACGACGCGGACGAGCUGAACCAGGAGAUCGACGAUACCAAUUUCCCGACGCGUUCGAACUCGAUCAGUUUCGGUGCUGCCAAUGGGAACGGUUCUACCGGGAGUCUCAACAAUGGCUACGGUCCGUUUGCGAACCGGCGUCGUUCAAGCAGCAUCCGACGCACCGAAAGCGAAGUGACCGAAGGCGAUGAGAACGGACUUGUAGCCAGUGUAGCCCCAACCGAACCGGAGCAGACUAACAACAACGGUUCUACAACGCCCGAGAAUGGCACCUCGACGAACAUUACUGCGAUCGGUGGACCAAAUCGGGCCCGACCGACGCCAAUCCGCACCAUCAGUCUGUCAGGUGAGCGGAUAAAGGCGACCAUGGCCGCUGAAGCCCGCGUUCACGGUGGCAACUUGUUGCGUGUCGACGUCGGAUGUAGUGUGCAUGUUCAUUCGGUCUCCACGUCACUUCAAUCGAGCUUUACUCACUCUUCUUUUGCUUCCGCAGGACAUGAAAAGUGCACCUUUCAUCACGACCUGGAACUCGACCACAAACCCUCGACCCGGGAGGAUCUGCUGCCGCUGAUGUCCAAGUCCUACCGGAUGCUGCUGUCGAGCCUCGGCGAGGAUCCGGAGCGUCAGGGUUUGCUGAAGACUCCGGAGCGGGCCGCCAAGGCGAUGCUCUUCUUCACCAAGGGUUACGAUCAGAGUCUGGAAGAGGCCUUGAACGGUGCCGUUUUUGACGAGGACCACGACGAGAUGGUCGUGGUGAAGGACAUCGAAAUGUUCUCCAUGUGCGAGCACCAUCUGGUGCCGUUCUACGGUAAAGUCUCGAUCGGGUACUUGCCCUGCAAGAAGAUCCUUGGACUGAGCAAGCUGGCCAGAAUUGUGGAGAUCUUCUCCCGUCGGCUGCAGGUUCAGGAACGGCUGACGAAGCAGAUCGCUGUCGCAGUCACGCAGGCUGUCCAACCUGCCGGUGUUGCCGUCAUCAUCGAGGGAGUGCACAUGUGCAUGGUGAUGCGAGGUGUGCAGAAGAUCAACAGCAAGACGGUCACCUCGACCAUGUUGGGCGUCUUCCGGGAUGAUCCGAAGACGCGCGAAGAGUUCCUGACGCUGUGCAACAACAAGUGAGCCCUGCGAGUCCCGCGCCACUCUGCGGUGCCCCCUUCACCGGGGCCCAAGGACGACGGGCUCGGCGAUCAGAAGGAGUAUUAGUGGGAGCGGAAUAGCGCUCCCGUGCACCGUCUUCAUGCAACUCGUUUAGGGAAAUCCAUUUAGGGAAUACCGACCGAACGGGCGGUCGGUUUUAGCUGCCAGUUUGGAAACUUUUAGACUAUUUUUUAUGUGCUCAUUUAAAUCAUACACCUCAUACAUGGCUGGAGGAAGGCCGCGCGAGACCUACAGAAAGCGAACAAUAAUCGUCGCGUUAAAAUUGUCUGAAAUUGUCCCUAUAUACUAUUAUCCAUCGUUGUUGUGAAUGUAGCUCCCCAAACAGCGCGCGGGGAGGUGCAUAAUUGUUGUGGCCGUACCAUUUCCCAGAAAGGUACGACAGCUAAAGAGAACAAUCAUACUAAUCGCAAGCCCUGCUAGGCGCACUCUAUUUCGAAUGCAGUGCGACAAGCCGCAUGUCGAUACAUUUUAAUCACAUAUGAAUAGAAUACACACCUGUUAUAAGCGGAUCAAGGCAAAACCGCGUAAAUGUAAGUGAUGUGCAUCGAUUUCUAUCUAUUUACUGUUUACUAUUCGUAAUUGUUUUUUUAACUGGUGCUUGCCACACGAAUGGGUCCAACAUGUUGAUGAAAUCGAGAAUCGUAUAUACAAAAUAAAGCAGGAAUAAACUGUACUGUUGUUUGUUAGUAUUGAUGCUGCUACCGUUGGGAGGCUGUUGGCCAGGCUUUGCCUGUAAUGUAAACUUCAAGUACCAAACGACCACUGACAUUUUUUUUGCACCCUGUUGAACAACCUGUUGAAUGGCACACGUAUAUGAAACAUUGAAAUGUUAAAAUACAACGAUCGAUAUUUAGUGAGGCGAAGCGUUUGGUGAACGAAUAACGAAUCUCACCUUUCCUGGUCCUGGUGAUGCGAAAACAAAACUAAAUUAAAAUCCAAGCCUCACUGUGAGGUCUUUAAAACAAUAUUUUAAGCAUUUGAGUGAGAAAUUUGACUCGACAGGAAAAAAAUACGAACGAAAUACGAAAAUAUGAAAUCAAUAAAACUGAUAAAAUCAUGUUGUUAUG